AUGAUAUUCUCGGCAAUAAUUUUAACCACAAAUGCUGCAUGUUCAUAUAAGGUACCAAAUGUCGAUGAUAUUGUCUUUGAUGUACCACUUGAUGCUGAUUUCGCGGACACUGAUAUGGAUGAAGGUGGUAAUGGUAGAUUUCGGAAGACACGUAACGUAAAUAACACAUCUUUACUGCCGGAAGCAGUAAAUUAUUGGCAAGCUGCAUUAGCAGUACGUCCAACAGCUAUACCAAUACGACUUUAUAGAAAAUGUGAAUCAAAUUUAUAUUAUAUGCGUGUAUAUGAAAAACGGCAAUCAUGUGUGCUAGGCUGUAAAAAAGAGACAAGUUGCGGUGAAGUAAUCAUUCCAGAUGAACAUUUAUAUCAAUGUCGAUAUUGUACAUCACCAGAAUCCCAAAAUUGUGGUUUUAAUGGACCUCCCGAUGGAGUUGGUGUACCAAACACUGAUUUUCUCCUUUAUGUUUCUGCGGUAUUAUCAGAACGUUGCAAAAAUGUUGAUACAGUGGCAUAUGCAGCACACUGCCAACAAGAAGCUGAUCUCGAUAGACCGAUUGCUGGACAUGUUAAUUUAUGUCCAAAUGCGCUUUCAACUGCAUUACACGAUCGUGAAGUGUUACUUUCAACGGUAAAACAUGAAAUUUUGCAUGCUUUGGGAUUUUCCGCCGGAUUAUAUGCAUUCUUUCGGGAUGAUAAUGGAAAUCCACGAACACGACGAAAUCGUUACAAUAAACCGAUUUCGUUGAAUAAGGACCGCAGCUACUAUAAUUGGGAUCCAAGCACCAUUCAGACAAUCAUACGUAAUGAUUGGUGGACAGCAGAAGGAAUGGUACCACAUCCAGUACACGUGAUGGUGACACCUCGUGUACAACAAGAAGCUCGACAGCAUUUCAAUUGUUUAGAUUUGGAAGGAGCUGAGCUGGAAAAUCAAGGUGGUGAUGGUACCGCGUUUACACAUUGGGAAAAGCGUCUUUUCGAAAAUGAAGCAAUGACGGGUACUCAUACGCAAAAUCCGGUAUACUCUCGGUUAACAUUUGCACUUUUAGAGGACAGUGGGUGGUACAAAGCGAAUUACAGUGGUGUACUAUUAGCUGUAAAGAGGCACAAAGAUUUUGAAGUUGAAAAUUUUAGUGCAGCUGAAGAACUUCAUUGGGGUCAUCAUCUUGGUUGUGAGUUUGCGAGAAAAAGUUGUGGUGAAUGGAUCCGAAAUCGACGAGAAAAAAAUCUUUUGCUAGCACCAUUUUGUGAUGAAAUUAAACAUGAUGGAAAACGUUCACUGGCGACAACACGAUGCACAACGCAGCGAGAUUCAUUGGCUUUGUGCAAUUUGAUACCUUACCAAAAGCCACUUCCACUGGAAUAUCGUAAUUUUGCUUUCUUGGAUGAAGUACAAGAUGAUAGCGCCAUAUAUUAUGGUGGAUCUGUGGAGCUCGCCGAUUAUUGUCCGUAUAAUCAGGAGUUUGAAUGGAAGGCACUAAAUUCGUCGGAACGUCGUGAUAGUCGGUGUGAAUUGGAUGGAAAUUUUACACCCAAUCAAGCAAAUUCAAUAUUGGAAGUAUAUGGUAAUCAAUCAAAAUGUUUCGACUUAGCAACCUUUUGGACCGAGCGAAAAUGUGGUCGUAUUCGAACAUUUCUUCAAUAUAAAGCUGGGUGCUAUCAGUAUGAAUGUAGUGAAGGUCGUUUGAAUAUUGGUUUGUUCAAUGAAAGUUUUUUUUAUCCAUGUUAUUUUACUGGCCAAUAUGUCCAUAUUCGAAAGAUUAUAAAUGGCUGGCUACGUGAGGGAGUGAUCAUUUGUCCUCCAUGUGAAGAGAUUUGCCAUUCAGGACAUUUUUCCUUGGACGACAAAAACAAAAUGAGUGUUGUGGAUGAGGCCGUUGUUUGGGGUAAACGAAGUGCUGAUCCAUGGCAUCGGAUGACCUGUUGUCCGGAGGCUGUUUUCACUGUGAUUGAAUUUUGUCAGGCACAAGGUCCACGACCGCUAUAUACGUAUCCUGCUCAUGUUCGUGGUCCACAUCUUGACAUGGAUAAUGUUGCUCUUUGGUUGAUGAGCACCGAAGUUAUUAAUGGUUCCAGCGUGAUAGUUUACAAUCAACAAAUGGCUAUCUAUGCAUGUGUUCAUUAUUCAACUUUACUCGAUUUGCACGCCCGAGCAUUUCAGCGACCGAUAUCGUUAGCGUUAUUAACUCCUGUAAAACCUACAGUUACGGUAUUUAAAGAAUUCAUUGAGGCUAGUCGAUAUGUGUUUUUGCCAUUACUGAUUUGCAACCAGACUUUAUUUAAAUCACAUCUUGUCCGAUUAGUUAACUUAACUAAAACAAUGGAACUCAAAAUGCCAGAUAAUGAGAAUUUCCUUACAUCAAUAUCAAAAUCUGCCAGGGCCAAAAUUCAAUCGGUAUCUGAUCAGGCAAAGCGCAUGUUGCAGCGGUUUGAAAAUGAUGCCGUGCAAAAGUCGAUGCGUAAUUCUGUGUAUUGUAGUGGACAUGAACUAAUAAGUAAUAAUGUUAAGAUUUUGGAGCAAUUAAUUGAGGAUCCUCCAAUAUCGCUGCAAGAAAUGAAAUUUUUAACACCAUGCACAUAUGAUGGGUUUAUUAAAGCGCUUCCAAAAAUAUAUGAAAAACUUACCAGAGCUGCCCAUACUUAUAAUACAGGAACUUUGUUUUGCGCUACAACGCCAGUAUUAAAGUUGAAAGAUUGUAACAAUCAUAGUUUGAAUGACGACAAUACUAGUACUGCAUCCAUGAAUUUUCUGGAUGAAAAUGAUUAUACGAGGAAUUUAACUACUAUUGUAGAGGGUUUGGACAAGAUUUUAUUUGCUCUCUUAAGUGGUGAAAAAUUGGCACUUUGGUCCGUAGAGGAGAGGAAAAGUUUGGGGAAGGACUUACUUAAAAAACUAAAUUUGCUAAGGGUUUGCAUGCAAAAACAAAAUGCAUGGUGGAAGACAGAACAUAAAAACAUUGAGGAUUGUCAAUUAUUCGGGGAAAGCGUUCCACGUAAAACAACUGUAAACGAUUCAAAUGAUGCAAUGCUAUGCGUGUACGAUGUUGAAGGGCGAUGGCUUAAAUGUAGGAAUUAUAAAGGUAAAUUGUUAAGCUUUUUGUCAUCUAAACGAAGUGACUCAUUCCCUACCGAUUAUGCGCUGAUUCAGUAUAUUAUGGCACAAUUAACAGAUUUGUGCUCAAUUGUAUAUUUAGCCAAGCAUAUUGAUCCAAACGAAUUACAAGAAUGUCUACAGAUAGAGGAAGAUGAUUUCAAAAUAAUUAUUCAUUUGUUGGCUGAAAUCGACUUCUUAAAAUAUGGUUUGAUGAAAGAAAAAAUGAAAAAGGAGAGAAAUUUAGGAAUGAUCGCUUUUAAAAUUUAA